AUGCUUUUGAGAACGCUGCCACGAGCAGCAUUACGUUGCUCUCUCAAAUCUUCAAUCCGAUCAAUCUCAACACUACAAUCAAAUUCUCAUAUUUAUGCCAUCCCCUCACCAUCCUCGCCCAACUCCCACAUAUUAUCGUUUCUCCCUACGAACCCACCCACAAACUCCCUCGCAAUUGGCACCACCACUACCCUCCCCCCUACCCCGGCCUCAGUCACCGAGAACCCCAAUUUCUUGCGCAUCCUGUACGAUGUCCUACGCUUGCACGCUACAUCCGACCCUUAUGUACAAGGACAAGCUGCGGCGUUUGCCUCGUCAUCAGGCUCGGCGUUAGGAUCUGGCGGCAUGUUCUUCCCACAGCAGCAGCAACAGCAGCGUAGACGUGGAGCGGGUGGAGGAACUGGCCAGGAAGCCGCGAAGAGAGGGCCAGCGGGCGAUGGUGCUGGGGGUGCUAGUUCGCAAGGGGGAGCUGGAGGAGGCGGAAGAGGAGGCUGGGUGCAUGUUAGUGAUCUGAGGGCACCGCCUGAUUAUGGGAGGAUUGCGUGGCCGGAGGAUAUCUUUGGGAGCUUGGAGGUUGAUGGACGGGGCGAGUUCGUGGAGGGCGAAGGGGGAGUAAGGGGAAAUUGGCAGGAAAGUGGGAGUUAUAGGGUUGUCACUAGGGAGGGCAUAUUGGGAUUGAGUGAUUUCUUGAGGGGAAAGCUGAUCGAAAGGCUACGGGAAGAAGAGAAGAUAGCCACGAGAUGA